AUGAGCGGUGAAGUCAGAACUAUCGCCCGUGCUCUUCGCUCUGCGAGUCUUAACUCCACUCCCAACGGUGACCUUACUUUCCUACAGAUCCAAUGCCGUCGUAUGAUUGAGAGGGUCUAUGAUGGCGAGGAGCUCAAGGACCAGCGGGUGGUUGCCACUGGAUUGAGGGAGGGUUCAACUGCGGCUUACGCCACAGCCAAAGAUAGAGUUUUCGCUGCGUACAUUGGUGAUGAUAGCAUUAUUAGGGUUAGUGAGUAUAAUAAGAAUUCUAAGGAGUUGGAUGACUUCGAGCUCGAAGGCCUCGGUGAUAUGGCCAAAGUGCCCCACAUCCUUCCAUUUGUGGCCUAA